AUGACCUCAAGACGAUCACUGAAGAUUGGAUUAAUCGAAUCAAAAAGCAAUAUCAAAUCAAUCAAUCCACAACCACAACCACUUUCACCUUCAUCUCAAGCUCUUUGGAAUUCAUUUGAACCCGUUGCCAAUCAACUUAUCUCAAUCUAUGGUGCAUUUUACAAUAGGUCUCACAAUCUAGAAUCAGCUAAGAGAUGGGAAGCUCUUCGGGCACAAGGUUACAAACCUGCUAAACGAUCUCCACUCGAUUUAAGGUGGUGGGAAGAAGAACGUCGAAGAGGUAGGGUUCAACCAGAUCAUCAAAUCAGUUGGCCUCUUCAAGCUGCUCGCUCAGGUCGACAACGUACAAAACCUUUGACGCAAAGGUCUUUCAGCUCCAUUACUUCAUCAAAGCUGAAUGAUGUCUCAGGCUCGAAAAUUUCAACGACUAUGAUUCGUAAGGGUUCUCCCGAUAUUUUGGAUCUUGCCAGGAGUGCCACCGAAUUUGGUUUACCAGAUUUUGACUAUGGUGGUCUGGAUUCUGAUUCGAUUGGGGAUUCAAUUCCCUUGGUUCGAAAGCCUGGCGCGAAAGGAAUCUCUGGUUUACAACCUGGUAGCUUUAUCGAAUUACGUAGAGCUAAUCAAUCUGAGAUGGGUAUCGUAGUGAGUAUCAUUGGAAAUGAAGUAGUAUACGUUAAUCGAUCAGGUGAAAUUCGACUCAACAGUUUAGACAAUGUGAUGUACACCAUGCACAACAUUGUGGAUAGUUCAAUUGCCAAGAAAGCUGCCGAUGCUGAAAACGUGUUGGGAUCAAUUACUACUUCCGUCUUGUCGACAUCGCAAAGUGAAUUGGAAUCAGAUCCAUUGGACGAAAAGGCUGUCGCAAUCACAGAGGCUCGCAAACAUUGCUGUCGAACCUUACGAGUGACUGAAGCUAAACUUGAUCGAUGUCAUGCUAUCUUGACCAAAGCUGGUUCUUAUGACCUUUAUAAUCACUUCAAACAUCCUGAUCGAACAAAGACAGCUCGACUUUCCACUGAGCAGGCCCUUCGGUUCUUAUUAGGAAGACAGCAUUCUCAAGAUGAACUCAUGCUCUUUGCUCUUCAUCAACAGCUGAUGGCCAAUUCCGACUUGUUCAUCGCCAAUGCGCGUGAUAUGCGCGAUCAUUCAGCCUUUUCUUUACAAUCCGAGGAUACCCUUGAGGCUUUGUACACGGUUCGAGAUUGGGUAGCAAGCGAUUCGACUGAGCUAAAGUCAUUUGUUGAAAAAGCUCGGCAUGUCAUCAACACCAAGCGUAGUUUACAGGAUCCUUCAGAAACUUCCAAUCCUCUCCGCCCUGUCACUGAUCUAUGUUCUGCCUGGACGGCUUCCGAUCUUCUGAUCAUCAAAGUUUUUCGUACGAUUGCAAUCACUGAACGUAUGAUUCAAGAUCAACCUUUGAGCACUAUCGUGGCGGCGAUUUUGAAGAAGAUUGGACUUUAUGAUAAGCAGGCGAUGAUAAAGACCUGGCCUGCGCUCACCUUUGAUAGGUUUGGAGCUAUUGUCUUAUUACGUGACAUCGGAGUAUUGCUACCCUGGCAGAGUGUGGGGCUUUGGGAUCCAAGUCUAGAUAUCGAGUCACGAUAUCGUACCUACACCACUGCCAAGGCAAACCCAAAGAAUCGUGAUUUAUCUGGUACAACACCAAAGCGAACAUCUAUGAAUAGGACGCGAAGUCCUACAUUAGCAGUUGACCCGUCUGAUGUCUUGCGACAUGAUUUUGGAGACUUACCGGUGUAUAUAAUUGAUGAUCCUAAUGCUGAAGAACUUGAUGAUGGCGUUUCAAUUGAGCUAGUUGAAAGCUCGUCUGAUAACCCCCAGGCUUGGGUGCAUGUUCAUAUCGCUGACCCGACCACUUCUCUAGAUCCAUCCCAUUCAAUAGCUUUAGAAGCUCGAAAAUACUUGGAAACGCUCUAUAUGCCUGGUUUCACUUUACCCAUGCUACCUGCUGGCUUCAUCAAAACCAAUAAACUAAGCUUAGGCGUUGCUGGUGGACAACGUACACUGACCUUCAGUGCUCUCCUUGACAAAGCUGGCAAUAUAAUUCAAUACAAGAUCCGCCCAGGUUGGAUCAAUUGUACUAAACAGACUACCUACGAUGUGGUCACUACUAUUCUCGAUGGGAAACCGCCAUCACCUCAGCCAAAGCUUACCAUUGGUCAACCUCCAGAAUGCAACCCUAUGGAUGCUCGCCCAACCCUCAGUUUGGAACAACUCGAUGCUGAUGAUCACUCACGACUCAAAAAUCUUGCUACCUUUGCAUCAGCACUGACUCGUCGCCGUGUAGCUGAUGGAGCGCUCGGUUGGAACUUACCCACUCCGUCUGUUACGCUCCAUUCGAAUCCGAGUGUCCAACCUGUCUUUGGCAUCGCACCAUCCCCACAGCUCUCAACUGGCACACCAGCAGUGACAGUAUACCUACCAAGACCGAUCAUGGAUCAUCGAACUCACCAAUGGGGUACUAGUUCGGCCCAACAACUAGUUACCGAAUUCAUGAUUCUCGCUGGUCGAUUAGCAGGUCGACUUCAGAGCGAGAUCAAUUCUGAAUGGUUUCUACUGCCAUUUCGAACUCAAGCACCACCGGAGCAAGCCGAUUCAUUAGGCAACCUAGAAGCCUUGAGACUCCUUCGUCAACAAAUCUCACCCAUCACAGGAGUAGUGAGCCCAUUCAUCUUUCAAAAAGCUAAAGUGAAAUUAUUACCAGCCAUGCAUAAUUUGAAACCUCAUGUACAUUCACCAUUAGGAAUUUCAGAUGAGUAUGGAUAUUGUAAAGUGACUAGUCCAUUAAGAAGGUAUAGUGAUUUAAUUUCACAUUGGCAAAUCAAAAGAGCUUUACUUCGAUCAAAAGGAUUAAAAGAAUAUGAUGAUCAUCAAGAAGUUUUGAGUGAGAAAAGUAUGAUGGGAUUGAUUGAUAGAAUUGAUAGAGAAAUUAAACCGUUUCAAAUGUUAGAAAAGAAAUUAAAUCGAAGUUGGAUUAGUUAUCUGAUUGAAAGACUUUCGAUUCAAGAUCAUCAUGAAUUCAAAUUAAGAGGAGUGAUUAUGUCUGAAGCCAUCUUGGUUAGGUUUACAAAUCGUUGGACUAUGAAAGUUUAUUUAAUCGAAUUAGGUAUUAAAGCUUCUUUAGUGAUUAAAGAAAGAGAAGAUUGGUUUGGAGAAGUAGAAGAGGGGAAAAAUUUGAUUGGAUUAUGUUUACCUGUGAAGAUUGUACAUGUUAAUGGAGAUGAUCAUUUGGUUGUUGAAGUUGUAAAGGAAAGGAUGAAUGAGAUGAUGAUGAUGGUUUAGAAGAAUUGAUGAUGUUUUCAUUUUUUUGGCCAAAAUGGCUGUUUUUAAAGAUCAUGGGCAUAUUGAAUGGUAAUCUGUUCAACCUUGUUGAGUCAUUUGUCAUGAAACUCUUACUUUUUUUUGAUCCAUCAUCUGUGAUCGAGUUGCAUAGAGGUAUCAAAAUAAUCUAAUCAUGAUUUGAACCCAAU